AAUAUAAACAAAAACUCCCGCGGAAUUUUGCAGCACACGUGUAUGGUUUAAUGAUUCGAUAAUAGAUGUUUAAGACAUUGGACCAUGGAGACUGGUUCGUCGGUGUCGAAGGGAGUUUUUGCUUACAAAGGAAAGAAGAAAUCAGUAAAUCCUGAAAAAUAUUUCCCGAGAACUGAGACUGUUAACACAUGGAAGAGAAGACUGGAAACGUAUCAAAGUUUGUGGGAAAAUGUGGAUACUGAGAUCCAGAUACUGCAAUCCAACUUGAAUACUAAGAUAUUUGACGACCUUUUGAAAUUUACUAAGACAUGUCAUACAGAUUUUACCUUGUCAAGUCAGACAGGGAACCCUCGUACCAAGGAAGUCCCUACGGCUGCUCUUGUAACAGGUGUAAAUACACCCGACCAUGGUGUGAUGUUUGCUACGCUUGUCAAUCUACUUCAGGAGAGAGUUUCUCCCCUUGUUGCAAUUCUUCAGUCUAAAGACUGUAACAACGUCAAAAACACACUCUCAAAACUUCUGGGACAAAUCUUGAAGAAUCCUCAACUGUUUAUUGAGGAUGAAGAAUCUCCAGAAGUUAGUCAGAAAAAUCUGCCAAUCAGCCUGGCCACACUCGCCGAUUGGUACGACGAUAAAUAUUCGCUGAACCAUUCCAGUCCAAAGAAGCGGAAAUCUACUGGAGGUGGUGGUGUUGACAGUCAGCCCCUUCCCCCUGUCAUUAUGGUGUUUGAAGACCUUGAAAGCUUUCAGCCACGAGUCCUGCAGGAGUUCAUUACAAUCUGCAGUAACUAUCUAGGUCAGCUGCCAAUCGUUUUUGUGUUUGGCAUUGCUACGUCUGUGUCAGCUGUUCACCGUCUCCUGCCCAAUUCUGUGUCGUCUACACUGUGUAUGGAGAAGUUCCAGGCACCACCAUCUACUGAGUAUCUCACCCUGCUCAUCAACCAGAUUCUGAUGUCAAAAUGCUGUCCAUUCAAGCUAGGCUCCCGAGUGUUCAAACUUCUGCUGGAUAUAUUUCUCUACCAUGAUUUUUCAGUUCUUAAUUUCAUAAAAGGACUUCAGUUCUCGAUGAUGGACCACUUCAUGUCAAACCCAAUGAGUCACUUGUGCUGCCCCCUGGAGGAUAUCUCCAACCAGACAAAGAGACUCAGUAACAAUGAGCUGGAACUCAUUCGUCAGCUUCCUUCCUUCAUGAGGUAUGUGAAGUACAUGUGGAGAGUUGCCCUACUGCCCAGACAAGCUGAGUUGUUAACAGAUGAUACAGAACUCAAGAUUGAAGUGUUGAAGUUACUGACAAGAAUACAUACCUUUCGUGAGGAAUUCUAUCCCAUGUUGAGGUGUCUUCAUACUCUUGUGUCAAAGCUUCCCAAACAGCCUUUAGGAAAACAGCUGCGAGAAGUUUAUGCUACAGUGCUAGGUUGGAACAUAGAGGAGAAUGAAGAUUACAAAACAUCUUUAGAUUUAUUGAAAUUCAUGUCAAAAGAUGAACUGACAGGUUUGUUGAGGGAAUGUGCAAGUUGCCUUGGCGAUGAUCUUCCCUCCAAUCAGAAAGACAUCCCUACAUCUAUAGCCUCACUACUGGACAGAUUCGACACACUUCAUGAACUAGUCGAAAGUGAGGAAGAGGAGCAAGUCCCAGAAAGCAGUCCUGUGAUCAAGAAAACAGAUCUCCACAGUUUGAAAAAGAGGCUACAAGAGAUGGAGAAAAAGAAAAAGAAACUGUCCCCAUAUGAAAAGUUGAGAUCUGAAUGUAUAGAUUACUUCGAUUCCUUAUUCAGGAAAUACCUAGUAAGUCCAAAAACUCUGCCUCUUUACGAGCUACUGUACUAUGACUCGGCCAGCAAAGUAAGGAGUCACCUGGCUGCCUCACCUAGGUCAGCUGUACAGCUGGCUCUCGGAAAUUCUCACACCUAUCUUCACAACCAGCUGGAGAGUGAUAAUUUGGGGACCAUCAGCCCAGAUAUCCCCGACCUGUGUAUUGUAUACAAGCUACAUCUGGAGUGUAGCCAGCUCAUCAACCUCUACGACUGGCUCCAGGCGUUCAUUACAGUGAAGACUUCAAAUGAAGAAGAAAAUGAUGAUCAGACCAAGAAUCCAGACAAGAUUUUACAAGCACGAUUCAUCAGAGCCGUGUCCGAACUCCAAUUCCUUGGCUUUGUCAAACCCACCAAGAGAAAGACCGACCAUGUAGCCAGACUGACAUGGGGAGGGUGUUGAAAUGAAGUGAAAAUAAGACAGGAAUGAUGGAAACAAAUAAAAAACUGUGUUAGAGAUACUCACGAUUCAAUGAGUCUAUUUUGAAGAGCUUAGGAAAAUAUCUAGGCUAUGGAGUUUGGAAUGACAGUAAUUCCGAUGGAUGAUCAUAAACCUUGUCCAUGUUGAAAAUCCCAGGAUCUUGUUUUUGAUAUAGACACAUUUGUGUCUUCGCAGCUCGUACGGAAUACGUUGUGUCAAAAUGACAAAAUGUCUGUACCUGCCAUUCUGUGGAAGAUACAAGUUGACUUGUCUUGGAAACUCUUUGUGAUUAACCAUACGUUGGUACAUAUCUGUGAUGUCAUUGGUUCGGAGGACUCCCGAUUUGUGAAACAGCAACCACCCAUAGAAAUUAUUUAAUUCAAACAGAACUAUACAAUAGGUAUUCUUUUUCUCCAGCAUUCUUGUGAAGAAUUUAUUUAUUUCUGGAUUCCUCUCGUUGGAUAUAUAUUUUACCGAAAUAGCCCUGACAAAGAUAGAAUCACACUGACAUUGACAUGCUCUAAUUGAGAUGUACAAUGUAGUUCUUUCAAAGGAUAGAUACCUGUUUGUGAUUGGUCAGGUUUUCAUGUGUGAAACCAAUCAGAUGACAUACCGUGAAUGAGUCUUCAGUUUUUGUCAUGAAAUUCCUUAACAGAUAGUUUAUUGGGAGUGGAACAAAUGGAUAUCCAAGAUAAGUUUGAUUCUAACUUAAACUUUUGAAUCCACUCAAAAACAAAAAAGUAUACAUCUGAGAUAACCAGUCUCUGAUAAAGUGGUUAUAAUUACUCAUAUUUCUGUUUGUUUUUCUCAUUUUUUAUGAAUAGUAUUAACUGAGUGAAUACAUAUGUUUGUCUACAUCUAGAUCUUCCAUACAAUGAAUGCUGGAUAUCUAACUUGCUUCUUAACUGAUUUUUUGUAGCUCUGUAAUCAAACUGGGAUUUUUGUCUUGAUUUAAAAAAAAUACUAUACCUGAUAAUUUUUUGUGUGUAUUAGAUUGCCUUGUAUAGAAAAGAAAAUGUUGAUUGAUGUAGAUUGUAUGUGUUACACUAGAUGUGUUAUGGAAUAUUGGGAGAUCAUUCUUCUCAGAACAUCAGUAGAACUAUACAGGCCGUUGUUGUCUCCUUAUUGGACAAUUUAUUUUUGCACAUUUAAAAAAUAAAUUAAAAGUCAUUUA